GAAGAAACGAUCGAGACCCCAGCGGCGGAAAGCCCUAGGGAAGAAAAAUCAAAGUGGAGCUUUAGGCAGAUUCGUAAAAGGUUCUACUAGGAAAAUAUACCGGGCCCUAUGUUAUUAUUUAAUAAAUAUAUAAAUGCAGGGCUUUACCGAAGAGAUUAAAUUGGAGAAAGAUCGUUGGGAAGGGAUGAUCACAAAAUACAACUCAACAUCUCUAAUGGAAUUUAAUUGCUCAUCUUUCGGACAGAAAGAAGAUCAGGCGGCGGAUGAGAACACCACAACAGCUGGGGCAAGUCUUGACACGGAAUAUAAAGCAUUGCAUACUAAGAUUGAUAGGGCAACCAAUCAAAAAAAUGUUACAGAUUUCCUACGCUCACUCCUAAAGUCGAUGUAUGCUCAUGUUGAUGCUGGGGCGUUCAAAGAAGUUGCAGUGGGCAAUGACCCCAUUGACUUGAAGAUCAUAUCAGAGAGAGUUGAGUCCGGACAAUACUAUGAAAUAGUGGAAGUGUUUGCCUGUGAUGUGAGGAGGAUGCUGGCAAACAUUCGCACAUUAUAUGCUCUUGGAUCCAUGCACUCUAUUUGUGCAAGUAGGUUUGAAAAGUAUUUCACGAUGAAACUGAACUGUGAGUACAUUCUGUAGACGACUCCUUAAGCACUGCAUGCAAGUGACUUGGAAUUGCUGCCCUGGCAUGGCCUGUCCACAGGACCGACUUUAGGAGGGAGGCAUCUAGGCAUAUGCCUUGGGCACCAUGUUGUGUUCUUGUGGGCAC